CUUUCUUCAAUUGAAAUCCAUCACAGUUGAUGCUGUCGACUUCGAGGCAUUAGCUCGAGCAUCUUCGUCUUCAGCUUUUCACCUGGCCCUGGGCCGACGUCGACAAUGGCCGCUUCGUUUGUACGAGCCGCGAGCUGGCACUCCGCCAAACGACUUUGCCUACGACCCAGCUUUCACACCCUCCCGAGACAGUCGCCUCUCCUGUCGCGCGCACUCUCUACAACCCCGAGCCGAAAUGCCACCCAUGAAGUCCCUGGGAACCCGGAAACCAGCGGGGGACCACUGACGACUACCAUCAGCCCGACCGAUUCUACCUUUACCGCACACACACAGGAGAACUCGCUCCUCGUGAAUAAAACCCCGGAUGAGAACCUCGGGGACGAGUUUGAAGCAAGAAAGAUUCGACACUACACCGUCAACUUUGGGCCACAGCAUCCUGCUGCGCAUGGCGUGUUGCGUUUGAUUCUUGAGUUGAACGGCGAAGAGAUCAUUCGAGCAGAUCCUCACGUCGGUCUGUUGCACCGCGGCACCGAGAAACUCAUCGAGUACAAGACAUAUCUGCAAGCUUUGCCAUACUUUGACCGAUUCGACUAUGUCUCCAUGAUGACCAACGAACAAGUCUUUUCCCUGGCUGUCGAGAAACUUCUCAACAUCGAAAUUCCGGAACGAGCCAAGUACAUCCGUACCUUGUUUGGAGAGAUCACCCGAAUCUUGAAUCACUUGAUGUCCAUUCUCUCUCACGCCAUGGACGUUGGCGCCCUGACGCCUUUUUUGUGGGGUUUCGAGGAGCGAGAGAAGCUCAUGGAAUUUUAUGAACGUGUUUCCGGUGCACGAUUGCACGCUGCCUAUGUCCGUCCUGGUGGUGUCAAGGCAGAUCUCCCCCUUGGCUUGCUCGACGAUAUUUACGCGUGGGCAACUCAAUUUGGUGAUCGUAUCGACGAAACCGAGGAACUUCUGACCGACAACCGAAUCUGGAUUGGCCGGACCAAAGGCGUUGGAGUCGUGUCUGCUGCAGAUGCACUCAAUUACAGUUUCUCUGGUGUCAUGCUGCGAGGCUCAGGUGUACCCUGGGACAUUCGAAAGAGCCAACCUUAUGAUGCCUACGACAAAGUUGAGUUUGAUAUUCCUGUCGGACAAAACGGCGAUUGCUACGACCGAUAUCUGUGUCGCAUGGAGGAAUUCAGACAAUCAUUGCGCAUCAUCCAUCAAUGCUUGAACCAAAUGCCGCCGGGACCUCACAAAGUGGAAGACUACAAGAUUGCUCCACCGCCGCGUGCAGCAAUGAAGGAGAACAUGGAAGCUUUGAUUCACCAUUUCUUAUUGUUCACAAAGGGAUACACUGUCCCUCCUGGAGAUACCUACACUGCGAUAGAAGCACCCAAAGGAGAGAUGGGUGUCUAUCUGGUCAGUGACGGCAGCGAACGUCCUUACCGAUGCAAAGUUCGGGCUCCUGGUUUCGCACACUUGGGAUGUUUCGAUCAGAUCAGUCGUGGCCAUCUUCUAGCUGAUGCCGUCGCCAUCAUAGGCACCUGUGAUUUGGUCUUUGGUGAAAUUGACCGUUGAGUUUGGACGUCGCUUGGCGUCGGCUAUUAGUUAUUUCAUUUUUAUUAACUAUAUUUGCUUCUCAUUCUCAUUCUCA